AUGGGAGUUUAUGAAAAUAACAUAAAUGCGUGUAAUGAAAUUAAUGCCAAGCAAUUGUUAAUGAAACUAGAUGAAAAAAUAGAUAAAAUAUUCAAUUCAAAAUUAAAUGUAAAAAAUAUCAUCAAAGCAAUUACUGAAUGUGUUAUCCCAACUUACACAUAUAUAUUUUCACAUGAAUUUAGUGAUGAGGAUAGAAGCCAACUAGCUAGAAAUGUGGAUAUCAGAAUAAGAAGCUAUAUGAAUACAAAAGAUAUGAAACUUUCUUCCAUCAGUAAUGCUAGAUGUUACUUACCACGAAAACAACUUGGUUUAGGACUUCGUAGCACUGAAGUUGAAAUGGACAAGGACACAAUAAAAAAUUUCAUACAUAUAAUCUUUUCCCCAUAUUUAAAAUUUGCAAUUACUCAUGAUGCAAAUCAUAGAAAUAAAUGGCGAAUUAAGGCAAUGAUAACAGCAAAUAAAUAUGGAAUCAAUUUACAAACUAAUUCUGAAAAUAUAAAAAUAAUUAUUAAUAACAAAGAGUAUAAUAGCUUUAACUUAAAAGAAGUAAAAUAUAAAAUUAAAGAACUAGUUAAUGAAUUUUCUGAUAAAAGCUGGGAAGCCCAUUAUAAAAAAAGAAAACAUUUUCUAAAAUAG